AUGUCGGAAGUAUCUAUUUCUACUAAUUUAUAUGACGAGGUCUUAUCCAAAGAUACCACCUGUGAUUUAUCUGCUACCGGAUUGGAGAUAGUUCCAAAAUUUGACAAUAAAUUGCUAACCGUGUUAUACCUAAAAAGUAAUAAAAUUAAAACUCUUCCCGACGAUUUCUUCCCAUCGCUCCCAAGCUUGAUGUGGUUAGACUUGAGAGACAACUAUCUGACUGAAAUUCCGAAAUCCAUUCAGAAUCAUCCUAGUCUUACACACUUAUUGCUACAAAACAAUAAACUUACUUCCCUCCCCCAUGAAUUAGGCACUCUCAAUCUAAAAGUAUUGCAAUUUAGCGGAAACCCUUUGACAUAUCCACCAAAGGAUAUUCUCAAUGCAGGUCUAUUGAAAAUAUUAACAUUUUUGAACAAUAAAUAUGUGGACGACAUUUUUGAACAGUCGAAAACAGAUUUGUCUGAAACUCAGAGUACUAUUACAUUCGACACUCUUAGUCAAGGUCUCAGUUAUAAUUCGGUGCUUGAUAGAAGCAAAAUGAAAGAAGAACCACUAUCAAUAAAACUGAACGAAAAGGAAGUGGAAACCGACGAAGAAUAUUAUGAGAAAAAUAAAGGGAAAUAUCCUAAAUUGGCUAAAAGUCGAUACAAGACUUUAACGCCAUACAGUCAGAGUUCAAAGUAUGUUGUGCCCAGCCAAGCGGACUGUAAGGAAAUGGCGAAUCUGAAGAUCAAGCAAAGUUAUCUGAAAGAUCUGGCUAUUAAAAAGCACAAAGAUUUGUUGGCUAAGAGGGAGAAGAUUCUGCAAGAUAGGAAAAACAUCCAGUUAUUACAAAACUGGCGCCGAGACUACAGAAUUAAACAACACACAGCCGAUGGCACUUACAAAUUGGAGCCAAAAUCCUUCCCAUACGGCAUCAACCCAGAAUACAUGACUCUUUUGACCAGAGAAGAUAUAGAAAAAGACCUCCCAGAUAAAUAUAGGAAAAGGUUGAUACGAAGGUCUAAACCCACUGUGCCAAGGAAGAGUGCUAAUGAUGUACAUUUAGCGUUGAAGAUAAAGCAGUUGUUUGAGAAUUUAGAAGCUAUCGACCUGAAUCGGAAGGACAUGACGCCGAGAACUGAACAGAAGGUGCUGUUGAAUGAAAUACAGAAAAUAUCUGAAAUAAAACAGAAGCUAAUGGAGUUAUCCACGUCUAAUGCGAGGUCGGUGGUGCAAGAUUGAGAACAAUUUGUUUUAUGUGGAG